CUAAGGACUUAUAAUUUGUAAACUAAGACAAAUUAACAUUUGUGAUUUGUAUACGAACACAGACUAGUGUUGACAAAAAAGACGAACACAAACUAGCUACAAAAGUACAAUCUUUGACAUAAUUAUCGGAUUUUUGUAUACCGUAAAUUAAUUUUACGCUUAGGAAUAUAUCUAUGUCGGCAAUAACACAAUCAUCCAUAUAUAAUUAAAUGUUUAUAACUAAAACUGAAAAGAGUUUGAAAGCAAAAGAAAAUUAAAAAAAAACUUGUAAAAAGAAAAACUGCACAGAUCCUAUUUAGUGUUAUUAGGCUAACAAUUCUCACUUAUUUUAUUUGUUAGCCAUUUGAUCAUUGUGGUCCUGCUGCAUUUUCGAUGGACCACAAGUUGUUCACCGAAAGGGGACCAUCUAUUUAGAUUUGACUUUAAAGAUUUUCCUCAAAAUAUAUAACAUAUGUUCUAUGGGUUUUCACUAUAUGUCCGUACACUCCCUAUAUAAUUAUGCACUGCCCAUUUUACUUUAUUAUCUCCAUGACCAUGAAUCAUCCCUACGAUGAUUUCCCUAAUCUCUUAUUCUCUAACAACACAGCCACAGCCACAAGCACCUCCUCCUGUGUGGAGCAACAUGAUGGCAUCAUCUCUCUUGAUAUGGAUUGGGACUGUGACUUCCACGAUCUCAUUGAAUCUAUGAUGAGUGAUAAAGGAGCCACAACAGAAUCUUCUCCAGUGCUGCCUUGUUACCAUGGCCAAGAGGGAAUUUCAAACUCUUCAUCCACAGGUUUGUCCAUGGCUGAUGAGCUUGAUCAUGAUGUAGAGGCAGAUGAAUCAAAGGGAUUGAGGUUGGUUCACUUACUGGUGGCUGCUGCAGAUGCAUCAAUUGGCGCCGACAAAACCCGAGAGCUAACUCGGGUCUUACUUGCAAAGCUAAAGGAUAUGACUUCAACCAAUGACCGAACCAACAUGGAGAGAUUAGCUGCUCACUUCACCAAUGGCCUCUCAAAGUUGCACAAAGAAGCCAAUGUUCAACGGCAGUAUGGUCCCCACCAACACCCUGAUGUUCAUGACCGGGUGGACGUGAUGUUGGCGUUCCAAAUGCUGCAGAAUAUGUCUCCUUACAUCAACUUUGGUUACCUAACCGCCACACAGGCUAUUCUUGAAGCUGUACAGUAUGAGCGGCGAAUCCAUAUUGUGGACUACGAUAUCACAGAUGGUGUUCAAUGGCCCUCCUUGAUGCAGGCCUUGGUGUCUAGAAAUACAGGUCCUUCGGCCCAACAUCUUAGGAUCACGGCUUUGUCACGCGCCACAAACGGUAAAAAAUCAGUUGCUGCCGUCCAAGAGGCUGGGCGUCGUCUAACCGCGUUCGCGGAAUCCAUAGGGCAGCCUUUCUCUUACCACCAUUGUAGAAUGGAAAGCGACACAUUCAACCCAUCGUCCUUAAAGCUUGUUAGAGGAGAAGCAGUGGUGAUCAAUUGUGUGUUGCAUCUCCCUCGGUUUAGUCACCAACCACCCAAUUCCAUUAUUUCCUUUUUAUCGGAAGCUAAAACACUAAAUCCGAAACUUGUAACGCUUGUUCACGAAGAAGUUGGUCUAGUGGGAAACCAAGGCUUCCUUUAUCGGUUUAUGGACUUGCUACAUCAGUUUUCAGCCAUAUUCGACUCCCUAGAGGCAGGCCCAGCUCGUGGAUUUGUUGAGCGUGUUAUUUUUGGACCUUGGGUUUCGGGUUGGUUGACACGUAUAGCUAUUACUGCUGAGGUGGAGAGUUUUGCUUCAUGGCCGCUGUGGUUAGCUACUAAUGGGUUUAAACCUGUGGAAGUCAGCUUUGCCAACCGUUGUCAAGCGAAGCUCCUUUUAAGCUUGUUUAACGAUGGCUAUGGAGUGGAAGAAUUAGGCCAAAACGGGCUCGUUUUGGGAUGGAAAUCCCGACGUCUUGUGUCGGCCUCUUUUUGGGCCUCGUGCGAGUCGAGUGAGUAAGAUUCUAUACAUAAUACAAUACAUACAUGAGUUGUAUAUGAAGACAUUAAUUUUGUAAAUAUCAAAAUCUUUUUUUUUAUCAAUGUAGAAACUGAACCCAAACCGAAAAUUAUAAAUUCCAAUUUAGUUCCAA